GCUCAUUUAUCGUCCCAUUAACGCGUCUCGUCUUCGUUCUUCUUCUUCCCUUGCACUAUCCAGCACACAAAGACAUCAUGGCCCCUACAAAGAGCUCCAAUGACAAGUACUCGGUCAUCCUGCCGACGUACAACGAGCGCAAGAACCUCCCCAUUGUGGCCUGGCUGCUGAACCGCACUUUCACAGAGCACCAACUCGAUUGGGAACUCAUCAUCGUCGACGACGGCUCGCCCGACGGCACCCAAGACGUCGCCAACCAGCUCGUCAAGGCCUACGCCCCCCACGUCGUCCUCAAGACUCGCUCCGGCAAGCUGGGCCUCGGCACCGCCUACGUCCACGGCCUGCAGUUCGUCACGGGCAACUUCGUCAUCAUCAUGGACGCCGACUUCAGCCACCACCCCAAGUUCAUCCCGCAAAUGAUUGCCGUGCAGAAGAAGGGCAACUACGACAUCGUCACCGGCACGCGCUACGCGGGCAACGGCGGCGUCUUCGGCUGGGACCUGAAGCGCAAGUUCGUCAGCCGCGGCGCCAACCUGUUCGCCGACACCGUCCUCCGACCCGGCGUCAGCGACCUGACGGGCAGCUUCCGGCUGUACAAGAAGAGCGUGCUGGAAAAGGUCAUUUCCAGCACCGAGAGCAAGGGCUACACGUUCCAGAUGGAGAUGAUGGUGCGCGCAAAGGCCAUGGGAUGCACCGUUGCCGAGGUGCCCAUUUCCUUUGUGGACCGCGUCUACGGCGAGAGCAAGCUGGGCGGCGACGAGAUUGUCGAGUACGCCAAGGGCGUGUUUUCCCUGUGGCUCAAGGUCUGAGCAGACAGAUGACAGUGACGGACGAAAAAAGGAAUGAUUUCAAUACGAGAGUUUUGGUGGGCCGGCGUUGAUAUUGCGGACAAGAGUAGCUCCCGCUUCCAAUUUCACAUAAUAUACCAUUGCCAUUUUCUGUUUCUACAGGUAUC